AUGAUCCGCUCUUGGCUUUCCAAGCGCCUCUACCGCCGCCCAUGGCCCGUAUCCUCCGCCGUCUCGCCGUCGAUCGAUCGCUCCAUCCCGAUAGAAGAAGAAGACACACCACUCUACCAUCCUCAUCGCUUCUACCCGAUUACCCUCGGACAGGUCUUGAACGAAAGAUACCAAGUCACCACUAAGCUAGGCUACGGAGGCAACUCGACCGUUUGGCUGUGCAGAGACCUCAACCGAUUCCCGAUACCUCCUAUCGUAUUCGUCAAAGAUAUUCCCAAGGACCUUUGGAAUUGGUGCUGGUCGAGGGAGAGAUAUGUCGCUGUCAAGGUUAACGCGCUCCACUGCCCUGGUGCCAACCGCACCAACAAAGGCGAACUCGAUAUCAUGGAACACACCUUGCAUGCGAACCCUCGACAUCAAGACAUCAAGCCAGGCAACCUCAUGAUGACAAUCACGGACGCUGAAAUGCUCGAACAAAGCGCCAAGGAUGAAUUCGAAAACCCUAUUGGAGCCAAACAGCUGAAUUCACGGACCAUUUACCAGUCCAGAAGAAUCCCUGGACCACUCGUCAACCCGGGGAUUGUUCAAAUUUCAGACUUUGAUUCGUCCUCUCGCACUGAACCAGACAAAUUGAACAUGGGUCCCGUAGGUGCGAUGAUCUUUCGACCGCCGGAGAUUAUCCUCAACGCAGGCUACACAUACCCUGCUGAUAUCUGGAGUCUCGGGACCAUGCUCUGGUACUUGCUCGAGGACAAAGACCUUUUCGAUCCCAGCACACAUGGCGCCGCAGAAUAUGAAGAGGGAGCGCAUCUUGGCCAGAUCACCGCCUUGCUUGGACCUCCCCCACAGGAUCUUCUUGAAGAAGGCGAACGGACAUCCAAGUUCUACGAGUCCGACGAUUUGACACAAGAUUCCGACGGUACACCAGAGAAUGAAAAGAAAGAUAAACGAGCAGGCCGUUAUACAGGUCAAUUGAAGGAUCCUGGUUGGACCCCCGUUGAUUUCAGUUUUGAGGACAACAUUACUUGUAUGGAAGGUGAGGAGAAGGGGAAGUUCAUUCGAUUCAUCAAGAGGAUGCUGAAAUGGGAUCCUGAUGAACGUGCUACCGCGAGCGAGUUGCUUGAGGACCCAUGGCUGAAUCAGAAUGAUUCAGUGGAUUCGGGAGAUUCAGGAGACUGGAGUUAG